ACCCGCGCGUUUCCGGCCUGAGAAAACGCCGCGUUUCUGAGGCGACGCCUCGACUGGCAGUUACCACCGCGCUAGGGUCCUCCCGGGCGGCCGCCGGCAUCACCAGCGUCACCAUGGGGGCUGUGCUGGGCGUCUUCUCUCUCGCCAGCUGGGUUCCCUGCCUUUGCAGCGGUGCCUCAUGUCUGCUGUGUAGUUGCUGUCCCAAUAGCAAGAAUUCCACGGUGACUCGCCUCAUCUAUGCUUUCAUUCUCUUCCUGGGUGCUGCUUUGUCCUGUAUCAUGUUGACGGAAGGGAUGGAAACGCAGCUGAAGAAGAUUCCUGGAUUCUGUGAAGGGGGAUUUAAAAUCAACAUGGCUGAUAGGAAGGUGGAUAAAGAUUGUGAUGUUCUUGUUGGUUAUAAAGCUGUAUAUAGGAUCAACUUUGCCCUCGCCAUCUUCUUCUUUGUCUUCUCUCUGCUCAUGUUAAAAGUAAAAACAAGUAAAGAUCCCAGAGCAGCAGUACACAAUGGGUUUUGGUUCUUCAAAAUUGCUGCCAUUGUUGGUAUCAUGGUUGGCUCUUUCUACAUCCCUGGGGGCCAUUUCACCACAGCCUGGUUUAUUGUUGGCAUGGUUGGGGCCUUUUUGUUCAUCCUCAUCCAGCUAGUGCUGUUGGUAGACUUUGCUCACUCUUGGAAUGAAUCAUGGGUAAGUCGAAUGGAAGAAGGAAAUCCAAGGUGCUGGUAUGCCGCUUUGCUCUCCGUCACAAGCAUCUGCUACAUUCUGUCUGUCGUCUUUGUCGGCUUGCUCUACACGUACUACACCAAACCAGAUGGCUGCACGGAGAACAAGUUCUUCAUCAGUAUUAACUUGAUCCUUUGUUUUGUGGUGUCUAUUAUAUCCAUCCACCCAAAAAUUCAGGAACACCAGCCUCGGUCUGGUCUCCUGCAGUCCUCUCUCAUCACCCUCUACACCAUGUACCUCACCUGGUCAGCCAUGUCAAAUGAACCCGAUCGUUCCUGCAACCCUGGCCUCUGGACCAUUGUGACGCAUAUGACUGCACCAACCUUGGCUCCUGGAAAUUCAACUGCCAUAGUCCCUACCUCUGCACCACCCUCAAAGGGUGGGCAUUUUAUAGAUCUAGAGAAUUUUAUUGGGCUGACAGGCUUCGUUCUCUGCCUUUUGUAUUCUAGCAUCCGCACUUCCAACAAUAGCCAAGUAAGUAAGCUGACCUUGUCAGGAAGUGACAGCGUGAUCCUCCGUGAUACAGCUGCCAAUGGUGGCAGUGAUGAAGAGGAUGGACAGCCUCGGCGGGCUGUGGACAAUGAGAAAGAAGGAGUGCAGUACAGCUACUUCUUAUUCCACUUCAUGCUUUCCUUGGCUUCUUUGUACAUCAUGAUGACCCUGACCAGCUGGUACAGCCCGGACGCAGAGUUCCAGAGCAUGACCAGCAAGUGGCCAGCCGUGUGGGUCAAGAUCAGCUCCAGCUGGGUCUGCCUCCUCCUCUAUGUCUGGACCCUUGUGGCUCCACUUGUCCUCACCAAUCGUGACUUCAACUGAACCUCUGAGAAUUCAUAAAGGUCUGCUUUGCUGAAAGCCCAUUAUCUAUUUUACUUUUGCUUCAACUAAAAUAUUAAGUGAACACUUUGCCAAUUUGACUAUAUCCAGGUUUAUAUCAGAGGGGAAAAUUAAGUAAUGCUUGAUGCAGGAUCUGAACUUUUCAUUUAUAUGUAUAUUAUGUUUAUUUGUAAGGAUAUAGUGCAAAGGGAACAUUUUGCGUUUUAAAGUGAAUUACAGCUGUGCUGUGAAGAGAGUUCUUUAUUGACCUGUAGGAUCCUACAACUUUGAUUUAAAGUGUAAGAAAAUGUUGGAUAUUUGAGGCCAAUUGUUAAUAUAUUUCUAUUGCAGUAUCCUUAAAAAGCAAACAAAAACAAAACAAAAAAAAAAAAACCCCACCAUUUCUGUGAUGGGUUUCCUUUGUGAAAAUCUUCAUGUGAUGGAAGCACUGUGUUCAGUCCUUAAUCCCCUACCAGGUGUAGCAUCAUAGUACUUGGGGGAAAGGGUGUGUGCAUAUGGGUCCUUCCCCAGAAAAGCAGGGUGGCUUAUUUGGCUACUGCUUCUACAGCUUGAGUUUGUCCACUUAAUGUUCUACACUACAGCAGUGAUGCUGUGCAGUUCCAGCUUUGCCAGAAGUUUGUUUCCAUAAGUGCUCUGUAGGUUUGGUUAUAAUGAAGAUUCACUUGGGAAAACAGUGUGACUUCAGCCUAUGUAAUUACCUUGUUAUGAGUAUGUAAAAGUAAAAUGCAUGUGAAUUUAUUAUAUUUGCACUAUAAAGGUAUUUGAUUAAAAUAGA